UGUUCCGGUGUUUUCAUGGUUGUAUCUACUGUAGAACAUGGCAUGGAGUUGCAGCGGUUUUGGGAGAAAAUGGCAUUAGCAAUAUGCCUGUUCUUGGGCCUUCUUCUAAGUUCGUCAUGUGAGGCCUACAAGGCUCUGGUGGUGUUUGGAAUGCCAGCAACGAGCCACUCUAAUUUGGGUAGAGGAGUUGUGAGAAAUCUAUUAAAAGAUGGACACGAGGUGACAUUCAUCACUCCAAUUCCAAUUAAGGAUCCUCCGCCAAAUCUUCACCAGAUUGAUGUCAGCAGUAACUUCGAACUUCUACCACUAGACCUAAUGAAGAUAGAGAGAUUCUUUGAACAUUCCAUGCCGGCUAUGCCUCGAUUCUUCGUGAAGAUGAUGAUGACGAAUCUGGUUUCGAAGACAAUGGAACAUGAAAAUGUACAGAAACUACUAAACGAUACUAAUGCGCAUUUCGAUGUUGUCAUCGUUGAAUGGAUGUUUUCUAGCCUUAGUGCUGGGUAUGCUACAAUAUUCGACUGCCCUCUGAUCUGGUUGACGCCGGUAGAAGUCAACUCAUUGUCUAUUGGGUUAGUCGAUGUUCUACCCCAUCCUGCUUACAGCACAGAUCCUUUGUCAUCCUACCUGCCUCCCUUUAGCUUUCUGGAGAGAGCCAUGGAAAUAUGGACGAGACUACAAGAAUCAGUUUUAGGAUUCUUGUAUUAUGAAUCAAAAGACGCAGCCAACUACGAGAGAAUUGUAGUCCCUCAAGUCGAAAAGAGAGGUCGACAAGCCCCACCACUUAGUGAAGUUCAAUACAAUGCGUCUCUAGUGUUGGGUAACUCACAUGUGUCUAUGGGGCUGCCACUGAGUUUGCCACAGAACUACAAGUCUGUAGGAGGUUAUCAUAUAGAGGAAGAAGUGAAGCCAUUACCUGAGGACUUGGAAAAGAUAAUGAUGAACUCCAAAAACGGAGUCAUAUACUUCAGCAUGGGAUCCAACUUGAAAAGUAAAGACUGGCCAGAAGAGAUAAAACGUGAUCUCCUUAAAUUAUUCGGAGAACUAAAACAAACGGUGAUCUGGAAAUUUGAAGAAGAAUUGCCAAAUGUACCGAAAAAUGUUCAUAUUGUGAAAUGGGCACCGCAGCCGAGCAUUUUAGCUCAUCCAAAAUGCAUCCUAUUUAUAACCCAUGGAGGACUACUCUCAACCACAGAAACGAUCCACUUUGGUGUUCCUACUAUUGCCAUACCUGUCUUUGGAGAUCAGUUCAUCAAUGUCAAGAAAUCAGUCGCUAGAGGUUUUACUCUCCAAGUUAACCUGUCUUACAAAUUGGCUGCAGAUCUGAAAGUGGCAAUUGAAGAAAUGCUGAGUAAUCCUAAGUAUAGACAGAGAGUAAAGGAGCUGUCCUACAUCUACCACGACCGACCAGUGCAGCCGGGAGCGGAGCUGCGACACUGGGUGCAGCAUGUAGUGAACACACGCGGCGCCCCCCAUCUGCGCUCUCCUGCACUAGCCGUGCCAUUAUAUCAACGACUGUACCUAGAUUUAGUUGCAUUCCUAUCUCUAGUCUUUCUUAUUUUGUACACAUUGAUUAAAAAAAUAUAUCGUCGUGUUAGGUCUAAUAAAAAUGUAGACAGUAAGAAGAGAAAUUAGAAAUAAAUUAUUUAUUUUAUGAAA